GGGUUCAUAUCACUACCUGGUCUGAAACAUUCAAGGUUCAUGGAGCAUCACUGAGGUGGUUUACAUAUACAGAAAUGGAGGAAGGCAACAUCAAGAAGAGGAAAGAGUCGCAGAAUGGUUCCACCGGCCACCGCAUGGAAUGUCAGUAUAAAGAGAAGCAGCCGAAAGCUACUGUGCUUCAAAAAGAUGUUGGUCUGUUAAGUGCCAUCUGUCUGAUUGUGGGGACGAUGAUUGGCUCGGGCAUCUUUAUUUCUCCUAAGUCGGUUCUGCUGUACUCUGGAGCUGUGGGACCCUGCCUCCUCAUCUGGGCUGCCUGUGGCGUGUUAGCCACUCUGGGAGCACUGUGCUAUGCUGAGCUUGGCACCAUGAUCACCAAGUCGGGGGGAGAGUAUUCGUAUUUAUCGGAGGCUUUUGGCUCCCACAUAGCCUACCUUUACUCCUGGACCAGUGUCAUGGUGCUGAAGCCCUCCUCUUUUGCCAUCAUCACUCUGAGCUUUGCAGAAUAUGCCUCUGCUCCUUUCUACCCUGGCUGUACGCCUCCUCUUCUUGUUACCAAGUGUCUUUCAGCAGCAGCUUUAUUUUUGAUCGUCACCGUCAACUGUUUAAGUGUAAAACUGGCAAGCUACGUGCAGAACUUCUUCACUGCAGCCAAACUUUUCAUCAUCCUUGUCAUCGUGGUUGCUGGCAUGGUUAUGUUGGCACAAGGAAACACUGAGACAUUCUCAAAUGCAUUUGAAGGCACAUCAUCAUCUUUUGGAGCAAUCGGACUUGCAUUCUAUAAUGGGCUUUGGGCUUAUGAUGGAUGGAAUCAACUGAAUUUCAUUACAGAAGAGCUGAAAAACCCAUUCAGGAACUUGCCACUGGCCAUCCUGAUUGGGAUCCCUUUGGUAUCUGUGUGCUACGUGUUGGUCAACGUCGCUUACUUUUCUGUUAUGACCAGCACUGAACUGCUGUUGUCUCCAGCUGUUGCUGUGACUUUUGGAGACAGAGUCCUUCACCCUUUGUCUUGGAUCAUUCCUCUCUUUGUUGUCUUCUCUACAUUUGGCUCUGCCAAUGGAAGCUGCUUCACCGCUGGCAGACUGGCCUAUGUAUCUGGUAGAGAGGGUCACAUGGUGAAAAUUUUAUCUUAUAUUAGCCUGAAGCGCUACACUCCAGCCCCUGCUCUCAUAUUAAAUGGUAUGUUGGCUAUUUUCUACAUAAUCCCAGCAGACAUUAACACCCUCAUUAACUACUUCAGCUUUGCUCAGUGGGUGUUUUACGGUCUCACAGCACUAGCUCUCAUAGUCAUGCGUUUCACCAGGAAGGAGCUUCAUAGACCAGUAAAGGUGCCGAUUGUCAUAGCAGGCCUGAUGGUCGUGGUGUCCUGCUACUUAGUCCUGGCUCCCAUCAUUGAAAAGCCAGAGCUGGAGUACCUCUACUGUACUAUCUUCAUCUUCAGUGGACUUCUUCUUUACUACCCUUUUGUCCACCGGAAGGUCAACUGGGCACGCAAACUCAUGAGGCCUAUUACCAUGCAUCUCCAGCUGCUGAUGGAAGUAGUUCCUCCUGAGAAAACCGAAUGAGAAGGGACAGAGCUGACAACCAGGUCAACUUCUGCUGCUUGU